AUGGUAUUUCUCGCUAUCGGUCCGGAAACCUUAUUCGGGACAUUACUGACGGGCAAGCGUACCACAAGAGCCAAAUUUCUGCACGACACACGCAUGGUGCCGAUCCGGCGCGUGGAAGCUAAUCGUCGGUAUCAACAAUUUUUUCCUCCUGCUUCGUUUGAUCACAACCCGCUUUCGAUAAACAUCAGGCAAUGGAAAGCUUCGCAUUUUCGAGACUGGCUCCUGCUUUACUCAGUGCCGUGCCUAGACGGUAUACUGGAUCCCGUAUAUUUUGCAAAUUGGUGCAAACUCGUCGACGCUGUAACAAUAUUAUAUAGCACCCCCAUUCGACUGGAUGACCUCAAACGAGCUGGCCAGAAAUUGCACGAAUUUUGCUUGGAAUUUUACACUUUAUUUGAUAUGAAUGAAUUUGGAAUCAAUUUCCAUGGUCUCCUUCACUUGGAAGAAAUCGUUGACCUUUGGGGACCGCUGUUUUGCUAUGAUCUUUUUGCUUUUGAAUCUCAGAAUGGUUGGAUGACGCGACAUUCUCAUUCUACGCACAACGUCACCAGAAGUGUAAUGAAAAAUCUCUUGGGUGCCCAAAUUAUUCGAAAACAAGCUGCGGACAUUCGCCUUCCAAACGAACGAUCUCUACUUCGUUUGGUACAAGGUCAACGGUUAAAGGAUGGGAUUGAAGGAAAGGGUUGGUGUUCUUGGUCAGCGCUUUCGCGAAGUAUGACUGUCGAACUGCCCCAAAAUCAUCCUUGCCAUGGCCAUGAAAAAUUCUCGCUUAAAACGGCCAUCAUCGACGGAAUUUCAGUCUGGACCGAACACUACCGUAAACCUAAGCGCACUCUGGGACGUUAUUUUUUACUGACGGAUACGCGCACUGGUGAAAAAGGUUAUACUCAAGUACUGGACCUUUUAUACUGUAAAACCUGCAACGAUCUUACUUAUGUGGGGUACCACCUGAAACCUCAGUUUAAGGAGCCAAAUAUAGUGGAGCUUUCGUUGUCUGGGAAUGCAAACAUUAUGUUAUCCGCUUCACACAUCGGUUUGCAAGAGUGCGUUUCCCGAAAGCUGCAAGAUGCCUGUGUGCAAAUUAUCCUUGUUGAAAAAUCGCGUUAUUCCAGCUAAUAAUUAUUUGGAUUUUUUAAAGUACUCGU